CUCAGGUAAAGGUGUAGAAGCAUCUCAGCAGAGACAGAGACAUGGAGGAACCUGAGCUAAAGGCUCUGGAUCCUGAUGUCAGGUCUCAGUCCUGCUGUUCCGUACCGAGGAUCCUCCCACUAAGCCUCUCCUCGUCCCGCUCUCUCACAUUCUUUCACCGAGCUCUCAGACCCUCUCAAAGAUGUCUCUGAGUGAGAAGACCGAUGAGGAGAUCAGCGACUUACUGACGGAGUAUGGGAUCAAACAUGGACCGAUCGUAGACUCCACUCGCCAUCUGUACCAGAAGAAGCUGGAGAAGGCGAUGGAGGGCGCCGCAGGGGAAGCGUCGUCUGAUAAAACCUACUACAGAGAGGAGGAGGAGGAGGUGACCUACAUCACGUACCACCACAGCCAGGCCAGACAGGAACCUGUAGGAGACAUGCUGCUCAAACGGCGAGGAAACGUGGACACAGAGGAAGAGGAGGAGGAGGAGGAGGAGUCUGAGCAGGAAACAGAAGAACCCCCCGUUCAGGUGACCCACAGAUCAGCCAAUCACAGCGCAGUACGGUCCAAGAAGCCGGUGAAGAAGUCCGGAGGCUGCAUGGGGAAGUUCAUCCGUCUGCUUCUGUUGGUCGCCGUGUUAGCAGGCGCUUACUACGCUUACACUCAGAUGGUCGACGAGCAAGGAGAAGAGAAACCGGCAGGGAUCCAGUGAUCUGAUUGGCUGGUAGGGUGUCCGGGUUUUUGAGGUCUGAAUACAUUCCAGAAAGGUCAAAAGGCUCAUGGGAUUUUAUAUUUUCAGUGUCAUUAAACCCUCUGAAAUGACCAGAUAAAUGUUAAAUCAGCACAUGGAUUCAUCCGCUGCUGAAAUAGUCCGUGCACUACUUCCUCCUGCUGGGUUAAACAUUUAGAUUUGAGCCGUUACUGACCUGUUUUAGUCAGAAUGAAGCUACAGGUGUACUCAGGUGCAGACUAACUCCUGGUUCUGUCUUCUCAUUGGGUAUUUUUGGACAGAAAAAUCCAACUGAUGCUGGUGCUUUUGUUUACUUCUUUGCUUUUUGCAUGAAAUGUUGCACUCCUUUUUCUGCUAUGCAAACGUUAGUGUUGUUUUAUUGUUAGCAGCUGUUCUUCAUCUUAUUUGUGACUUAUUGUACAACUUUAAAUUGAGUUUCUCAUAUUUCCUGUUUCUCAUCAUGUGAAACCAAAGGCUGUCGUCUUUAUUCUUCUUUAAUAAAACCAAGUGUGCAGA